CGAGAACAAAGUUUCAGAUCUAGUUUUUAUUUUGCCUGAGUUAUCGGAGAAGAUAUUAUCGGUGAGUUCGAGAAUCGGUGAGUUCACCGGAGAAGAAAUUAUCGGUGAGUUCGAUAAUCGUAACUAGCGGUAGAUUGAAAAGCCCCGCCGGUACAGUUCUGUUGAGAAGAUUCUUGACGAUUCUGAUUUUGUUUAAGGACUUGCUUUUACCAAGCUCUUCUGGGAUUGGACUGAAGAAGAAGUUGUUAGAGAGUAUCAACAUCUCUAGCUUCUCGCCUCUGCAUAAAUCCAUGAGGAUAAGUCCGGUGAGGUGGUUGUAAGAGACAUCAAGCUUUUUCAGAUUCCCGUUCCGGCCAAGAUUCGUCCCUGCGUCUGAUAUGAUUCGGGGCAUUGUCACAGAGUGUGGGGUUGAUUUCGAUGAGGAUUCUUCAGCUAUGCUUAUUGAUCAUACUAGCUUCUCCGUCUUUGAUGUUGACGGCAACCACACCUUGAUUGCUGCCGACGAUUUAGUGAAAUCUGAUGUCAUCUUAGGAAAAGCCAAAAUCGAGGCUCCCGUUCUCUUCAGAGGAGUUGCACAUUCGUUGAACCCUACCAACAGUCUGGUUUUCAAAGUUCUUUCAGCCUCUCCCUCAGCUUAUUCUGCUAACCCAAGCUCGAAGUUGUCUAGUCCUCCUCAGCUCACUGGGUCUGCAAUUUCGCUAGUCUCGGUCAUGCAGGCUAGGAACAAUGCUAGGGUUGUGAUCUCAGGCUCUUUGCAGUUGUUUAGUGAUAGAUCUGGUGUCCAGAAAGCAGGGAGUCAGAAUCAAUACGAAAAAUCUGGCAAUGAACAGUUUGUGACUGAACUUAGCAAAUGGGUCUUCCACGAAAGAGGCCAUUUGAAGGCUGGUAGUCUUGUACACCAUAGGGUUGGAGAAACAGAUGAGCCAGCGAUAUACAAGAUAAAGGAUGACCUGAUGGGGAAAGGUGAGAGUGAGCUUGAGCUUGGUCUUGGGCUGAGUCUCGGCGGUGGAACGGCGGCCAAGAUUGCUGGUAAAUCAGGUGGUGGCGCGUGGGGAGAGCGUGGUAGGCUUUUGACUGCUAAGGAUUUUCCUUCUGUUGGCUCUAAACGUGCUGCUGACUCUGCUUCUCACGCUGGUUCAUCUCCUCCUCGUUCAAGCAGUCAAGUUGUGGGAUGGCCUCCUAUUGGGUCACAUAGGAUGAACAGUUUGGUUAAUAACCAAGCUACAAAGUCGGCAAGAGAAGAAGAAGAAGCUGGUAAGAAGAAAGUGAAUGAUGAUCAUCAGCCUAAAGAUGUGACAAAGAAAGUGAAUGGGAAAGUGCAACUUGGGUUUAUUAAGGUGAACAUGGAUGGAGUUGCUAUUGGAAGAAAANAUCUCAAGAACAUUAUAUUUUCUCCAGGUGAUACAAAUUUGGUACUACGGGAGUUUGAAAAGUGUGGUAUGAUCUUGAAACAUGUUCCUGGUCCAAGCAAUGCCAACUGGAUGCACAUCCUUUACCAGAAACGGUCUGAUGCACAUAAAGCGCUGAAUAAGGGUGGGAUAAUGAAGUAG